UAAACAUUUUCCCGUUGUUAACCAAUUUCCUAGAAGUAUCAACGCAGGUGUCGGCUUCGUUCCAGCCAUUUGAUUGGUCAGAAACCCCCAAACCCCACACUGACGUAAUUCAAACCUGUGGAACCCCCUCUCCCAAUAUUAGCCAAUCCCAAAUUGUAAACAUUGAUACAAGCAAGGUGUUGCCUUCGUUCGCGGCCUCUGAUUAGUCAGAAAGGUGUCAAACUCCUCCCCCUCGCCAAUUUACUUCCUGUGACGCUCACUGCUCCAAGGCAACCUCUGUGAAGCCUUGGACACACCAGCUGUCAAGCGCGCUUCUGGGAGGACGAAGAGGUCACGCGGUAGUUGUAUUAUAAAUAAACACAAAAUUACAAAUGAGUAGUAUUCUAACGUAACAGAGCCAAGAAGGAAAGAGGAUCCCCAGCGCUAGAUAUACGUCGCUCCACUUGCCAUAUAAAUAGGCCGUCACGGGGGUUGUCAUUAUGCGCGUGGGCGUGUAGGAAGUCGAUUAACUAACUGGGUGUGGAAAAUAACCUAGAUUAACGUGUUUCCCCGUGGAGGUGGAAUUACACAUCGGCAAGUAGGUGACUCGAGCGGUGAUGGACUUCUUGGCUGGCUGCAUUGGUGGUGCUGCUGGAGUUUUAGUCGGUCACCCAUUUGACACAGUGAAGGUCAGACUCCAAGUCCAGAAUGUUAAUAAGCCUCUGUACCGCGGCACCUUUCACUGUUUCCAGUCGAUCAUCCGCCAGGAGUCGGUGUUUGGUUUGUACAAAGGCAUCGGCUCCCCGAUGAUGGGCCUGACCUUCAUCAACGCCAUUGUGUUCGGCGUGCAGGGCCAGGCCAUGCGCGUGCUGGGCCAGGACACGCCCACCAACCAGUUUUUGGCGGGCGCGGCGGCGGGCGCCAUCCAGUGCGUCAUCUGCUGCCCGAUGGAGCUGGCCAAGACGCGCAUGCAGAUGCAGGGCUCGGGCGAGAAGAAGUCCACCCGGAAGCUGUACAAGAACUCUGUGGACUGCCUGGUACGCAUUUAUCGCCGCGAGGGCAUGUGGGGGAUCAACCGGGGCAUGGUGACCACCUUUAUCCGCGAGACGCCCGCUUUUGGCUUCUACUUCCUGACGUACGACGUGCUGACGCGGCAGCUCGGCUGCGAGCCCGAAGACCGCUACAUGAUCCCCAAGCUGCUGUUCGCCGGCGGAAUGGCGGGCAUCGCCUCGUGGCUCUCCACCUACCCGGUGGACGUGAUCAAGUCGCGUCUGCAGGCGGACGGCGUGGGCGGGGUCAAUCGCUACGCCGGUAUCGCCGACUGCGUGCGGCAGAGCGUGCGCCAGGAGGGGUACAUGGUGUUCACGCAGGGGCUCACGUCCACGCUGCUGCGCGCCUUCCCCGUCAACGCCGCCACUUUCGCCACGGUCACGCUGGUGCUGAUGUACGCACGCGGGCACGAGAGGGUCGCCAAAGAGUGCGAGGUGCCGCCCCAGCCCGCCAGCCACCACCCUCAAGGUCAAGCUCAGGCCCAAACUUCCGGACUGUGAGUACUGUUGCGACACUUUACAGCCUUGCAGGCCAAAGUCCAAAUCGCUAUGAGGUUGUUGUUGUUUUUACUUCCUUGACUAGAUUUUGGCAUUUUAUUCCCAUUUUAUUCUUGACCGAAAUUAUUCUUGUAUCAAAAUAUUUUUCUUUUGACGGUGGCCCCAAUCACGGUUAGUCUUCCUGCCUUACUGAGGACAAAGCACUUUGUUGUCGGUUAAUGAAAUUGUGAUCGCAGCUAAUUGUGUUGAUACAAGAAUCAAGUGUUCUUUGAUUGACACAAGGGAACAAAAGCGCUUUAGAAAUGCACAACUUUAUCAUGUGACGUGACGGAGGUACCGAUGACCAAAACGAAAGGGUAUGUUCGAACUGGAAUGUUUAUUUUUGGUUGCCUGUGUGUUUUUACGGCAACGCUGAAUGUACCGUCAUUACACUCCAGCAUUUGAUACUGUCGGAACUUUAAUUUGACCUAUUUAAGAUUUUACUGUCUCACAUGCUGCUUUUUAAAAACUGAAUGCUGGAUUUGUCAUGGAAAAAAAGCUAUGCAAUAAGCUGAGCAUCAAAUCAGAUGUUUUAUUUAUACUGUCAGAAUAAUAGAGGGAAAAUAAGUGUGUUCUUGCAUUUAAUAAUAGAUUAUUCCAACUAUAAAAAUUUAUUGCUAUAAUUUGCCAUAAAAAUUGUUUGUGUCUUUUUGUUUUGGGCACCUAUCUGCUUUCUUGCCUUGCUCCUUAUACAAGUGCAAGUGAUACAAAAAAUGCUUUGGAGGCGGUUGCUAUUUGUUUAUGAUUUUUUUUUCCAGUCUAUGAAUGUCACAAAUGGACAAUUUGAAUAUUUUAUUGCCUCAUGCAGUUGGCUGUGAGUUUAACUUAAGACCUGGAUAUGAUGUAUAUAUAUUUUUUUGUUGAUAAAAAUAAAAAAAAAAUAAAAAAAUCACAUGCA